CGCGUGCGUGGAGGGGCGGGGCCGGGCGGAAGCGCGGUCCGCACGACCGAGAAUUGCGAGCACAGGGUCCGCACAGCACCCUCUGUCCUACUGGCGGGCCAGCCCGCCCAUGGCGCUGCAGGCGCUGCACAGCUCGGGCGUGGGCCUGCGCAGGAUUCUGGCUCACUUCCCGGAGGACCUGAGUUUGGCCUUCGCCUACGGCUCUGCGGUGUAUCGCCAGGCAGGACCCAGUGCACACCAGGAGAAUCCCAUGUUAGAUCUAGUGUUCACAGUAGAUGACCCUGUUGCCUGGCAUGCAAUGAACCUGAAGAAGAACUGGAGCCACUACUCUCUCCUCAAACUCUUGGGGCCCAGGAUCAUCUCAUCCGUCCAGAAUAAUUAUGGUGCCGGCGUCUACUUCAACCCACUGAUCAUGUGUGACGGGAAGCUUAUCAAAUAUGGGGUCAUUAGCACUGGCACUCUGAUUGAGGACCUCCUGAACUGGAAUAACCUAUAUAUCGCCGGACGUCUCCAAAAGCCGGUGAAGAUUGUAUCGAUGAAUGAGAGCACAGUUCUUAGAGCUGCCCUGGAUAAAAACCUGAAGAGUGCGGUGACCACCGCCUGCCUCAUGCUACCCGAAAGCUUCUCUGAGGAAGACCUAUUCAUAGAGAUUGCUGGGCUCUCCUACUCAGGUGACUUCCGAAUGGUGAUUGGAGAAGAGAAAGCCAAAGUGUUGAACAUCGUGAAGCCCAACGUAGUCCAUUUCCGAGAGCUCUAUGAGAGCAUAUUACAGAAGGACCCUCAGAUGGUGUAUAAGAUGCAUCAGGGCCAACUGGAGAUAGAUAAAAGCCCAGAAGGACAGUUCACUCAGCUAAUGACAUUGCCUAGAACGUUACAGCAGCAUAUCAAUCACAUCAUGGACCCUCCUGGGAGAAACAGGGAUGUGGAAGAGACUUUACUGCAAGUGGCUCAGGACCCCGACUGUGGUGACGUGGUACGACUAGCGGUCUCUUCAAUCGUCAGACCUUCCAGCAUCAGGCAGAGCACCAAAGGCCUUUUUACUGCUGGUAAGACCUUUGGGAACAGGCGCUUGGGCAGCACCUGCUGGACAAAAUGGCCUCAGUUCUGUAGGCUGAAAUACAAAGCUUUCCAUCUGCAUCUCUCUGUAACGGUGCAGUUCUGACCCUUCGCCACACACCUGACACUGUCGUACCCUAGACCCUCCUGACUGCAGUGCGACCUGAACCUCUGAUGAAUCACCACCUGAGGUGCGGGGCUUGGCCUCGCCUCUCAGUUCCCAAAUAGCUCCUGUGUGGGGUUUUGCCCUCACGUUUCUAAAUUUAAGUCACCCCUGCAAAGCACUGCAGAAACAGCUGAGUGGGGUGCUCCCUUCUCAUCACCCCCCUUUCACAGACACUUGUUCCUUCUCUUAGUAAGGUGUUUCUGUUUUCCCUGCUGUCUCCUGAAUUUAGGUUACCAUUCCUCUGCCCCUCUGCUCCAGCUGCCAGCUUCCCAUGGGCAAUCGAAGGCAGUGCUUGAACCACAGUUAUAUCCUCCCCUCUGCCUCUGCCUGCCAGGCCUGCCCACCGUGAUCUCCCUCCUGCCUCAGUUCUCCUUUCCUGCUUGCAGUUUGAGCCAAGUCAUUAUUGAAAGUUUGACACUGACAUGAGGCACAUGAUGUGUUUCUCCUCCCCUGCCCAGC